UGGAUUGUUAAAGGGCCAGAGAGCCUGGGGGCGGAGAGGUAGCCGAGGUGCAGAGCCCAGGCCGGACCUGGGCGAAGGGCCAUAACGGCUAGGCUGGGCCCAGGAUGGCGGCAGCCCUGACGUGGGUCUCGGUUGCACCCCGCGUGAGUUCCUAAGCUGGUGCCAAGCAGGUGACACUUCCUGCAGCCCCCAGCAUGCUGGCAGGCCUGGGCCCCAUCAUCACCCUGGUGCUGGCAGUGGCAUGGGCCAUGGAGCUCAAGCCCACAGUGCCACCAAUCUUCACAGGCCGGCCCUUUGUGGUAGCAUGGGAUGUGCCCACACAGGACUGUGCCCCACGCCACAAGGUGCCACUGGACCUGAGUGCCUUUGAUGUGGAGGCCUCUCCUAAUGAGGGUUUUGUGAACCAGAAUAUCACCAUCUUCUACUACAACCGUCUAGGCCUAUAUCCACGCUUUGAUUCAGCUGGGACAUCUGUGCAUGGUGGCGUGCCACAGAAUGUGAACCUCCGGGCACACCUGCAGAUGCUGAAGAAACCUGUGGAGCACUACAUUCGUACCCAGGAGCCCGCAGGGCUGGCAGUCAUUGACUGGGAGGACUGGCGGCCUGUGUGGGUGCGCAAUUGGCAGGAAAAGGAUGUGUACCGCCAGUCAUCACGCCAGCUGGUAGCCAGUCGCCACCCUCACUGGCCAUCAGAUCAAAUAGCCAAACAGGCACAAUAUGAAUUUGAGUCCAAUGCCCGGCAGUUCAUGCUGGAAACACUACGCUACGUCAAGGCAGUCAGACCUCAGCACCUUUGGGGCUUCUACCUCUUUCCUGAUUGCUAUAAUCAUGAUUAUGUACAGAACUGGGAGAGCUACACAGGCCGCUGUCCUGAUGUUGAGGUGGCACGCAACGACCAGCUGGCCUGGUUGUGGGCUGAGAGCACGGCUCUCUUUCCCUCCGUUUACCUGGAUGAGACACUAGCUUCCUCUGCUCAUGGACGGAACUUUGUCAGUUUCCGUGUUCAGGAAGCCCUUCGUGUGGCUCACACCCAUCAUGCGAACCAUGCACUCCCAGUCUACGUCUUCACACGGCCCACCUAUACCCGCAAGCUCACAGGGCUUAGUGAGAUGGACCUUAUCUCUACCAUUGGCGAGAGUGCAGCCCUGGGUGCAGCUGGUGUCAUCCUCUGGGGUGACUCAGUAUACACCUCAAGUAUGGAGACCUGCCAGUACCUCAAGAAUUACCUGACACAGCUGUUGGUUCCCUAUGUAGUCAAUGUGUCUUGGGCCACCCAGUAUUGCAGCCGGGACCAGUGUAAUGGUCAUGGUCGCUGUGUGCGCCGCAACCCCAGUGCCAAUACCUUCUUGCAUCUCAGCGCCAGCAGCUUCCGCCUAGUGCCUGGCCGUGCACCUGGUGAACCCCAGCUGCGACCUGAGGGAGAGCUCAGCCGGGCUGACCUCAACUACCUGCAGACGCACUUUCGCUGUCAGUGCUACUUAGGCUGGGGUGGUGAGCAAUGCCAGUGGGACCGUAGGCGGGCAGCUGGAGGUGCCAGUGGAGCCUGGACUGGGUACCACUUCACCAGUCUGCUGGCUUUGGCAGCUGUGACCCUCACCUAGACCCUGGAGAAAUCUCCUACCAAGUCAGCUGGCUUCUGCCACAAGUGCUUUCCUGGGCAUGUGAGAGCCUGUAGGGGGUAGACAAACUAGAGUCUGGAGGGGGCAGAGCCCCCAGGAUACCCAGCAGGGCAUCCAUACCAGCUGUCACACCCCUGUUCUAAGGGGGAGGGGAAGUCCCCUGAGAGCCCCCUUUCUACCUGUUAGAGGGGAAGGAGGAUAUAGCUGGGCUGGGGAGAGCCUGACCCUACUCCCCUGCCCCUGGGUAGUUUAUUAUUUUGGGGUCUCUUUUGUAAAUUAAAUAUGAAAUAACUGCU